AUGGAUCGAGGAGGAGGGAGUGGUCGAGGAGGCCCUUCGAGACAAGGAAGCUCCCUCCCAAGGACGCUUCAUGGCAGUCUCCUGCACACAGACCCCGGGGAAGAGGGAGACGGCUUGACCGAGGAGCCUCAGCCAUUGGAAGCCCCGGAAGGCGGUCAGGAAGAGCAGCCACCGUACACAGCAUAUGCCACCAGCUCUGCACGGUAUGUAUCGGCCCCGCACCCGCCACCGCCAGUGCCCGGUCCCUCCACCCUUCCAACCUUUGAGCAAGGCAGCAGCCGAGGCCUCGGAGAACCGCCGAGAGCCUACACCUUCAGCAUCGAAACGCAAGCCGAGCACCAGCAGCCACCGAGGGCUCGCCAGGAACGAAGCCUGCCCCUGCCCCCGUUCCGCACCCAGCCCGCGUCGAGCACGGACCCAGAGCUGUACGCCUCCUCGGUGGGCAGCUCUCGCCUCCACUCCCACUAUGCACCGCCGGCGCCGCCAGCACCAGGUCGCCCGAGCCUGCCUCCCGUCUCCACCCUGGACAGCGCGCUCGGGUCGACGUCCUAUGCCGGCGGCCCCUCGUCGCAGUUCUACGCCCCUCCGCGAAGCAACACCUGGGACACGGCUCCGCACCUAUACAUCGCCGACCGCCCGCUGGCGAGGACCACUUGGCCGUACGCCGCGCUGCCCGAGCACAGUCCACCGGGGCGGGCGUACCCAGCUCCCCAGGAGCUCCCCGGCUACUCCGAGGCCGCGCGAUGGGGUCAGUACAGCAGGGCGGAGAACUUUGCACAGGAGGAGGGCCGAAGCACCGCUGCUCACCUGAGUGCUGCUCGUUCUACGAUACUGGAGUCGCCCCAGUUUCCCGAUCCCGGGCGCGCCGCCCGCCUCUACCAGCCUCAGCCGCAGGUGGCGAUCCCGCCGAGCCAGGCCCCUGUGCCACCACCCGUGGAACUCGCACAGCCGUUCUACGAGAUCGGCGGGCCGCGGGACCCGUAUCCGCAGGUCGCGGCAGAGAUGUCGCCGCCGCCGUCGUCCGCCGAGGAGUCGGGUUCGCUGGCGCAGCGCGGGAGCGGAACCGCGUCGACGUCCGCGGCGCCCAUGGGAUGGCAGGAGGCCCAGUGGACAGAGGCCGCGGAGCAGCCGGUGGCCUCGACGUCGAGCGCUCGGCGGCCGUCGAGCACGCAGCUCAGGAAGCGGCGGGCGAGCGAACGCGACGACGACUCGGAGGAACACUCGCCGGUGAGGAGGAUGCCGAGGAAGACGCCGAUAGCGUGCAACUUUUGUCGCGGACGCAAGCUGAAAUGCGACGGCCGCACGCCGACGUGCUCGCACUGCGACAAGAGACGGCAGCCGUGCGUGUACGUGGACGCUGUGAGACGGAGGGGCCCUGGCAGAGCGCCCAAGGGCAGUCGGAAGGGCUCGCAGCAGCAGGAUGAUCGGGCGCAAAGCGCUACUCAGGGACCUGGCCAGGCAGGCUCGUCUUCGUCUGCCGCGAGUCCGCCGCUGGCACCGAACGUUCCUGCCGAGGACCCGUUUGGCCGAUACGAGGGCAUGUACCUGUCGAACCCGCCCGCGGGAGGCCUGCCGCCUGCGCAGGCGCCACCUCUGGGCGAGCUGCCCUCGAGGAUGGCUGUGCAGCCCCCGUACCCGACGGCUCCGUUCGGAUUCUCAUACCCGCCGCCGCGCGAGGCGGGCUCUGGUUCGCGGGCUGCUUACGAACGGACGACGUUCUCUGACGACUUUGGGCUGCCGCAGCAGCAGCAGCAGCUCGCGUACGCGGCGCCGGGGCCGGGGCCUGGGCAGGUGCAGGCGCAGGCGUUCGAGCCGCCGCGGGUGUCGAGGGCGCGGCAGGUGCCGGAGGCGUGGGCUGCGAUGGGCUCCUCGGGCCCUGGCGGGGGGAGCGAGGCGGGCAGACGGGACAACAGCGACGAGGACGGGCACGACGGGCGGCGGGGUGGACAAGGGCCUGGGGGCGAGCGUUAG